AUGGCUUCCUCCUCAGCUUCCACAUCGGUACUGCCACCUCUGCCGCCUCCCGGCUUCGCCUCGCUCAAGGCUUCGCCGGGGCAGAUUCUCCUGCCCCUCACCAUUUCGAACAAGUGUGGUCAGAGCUUCCGGUGGAGGGCAGUCAAGGUCCGUGACUCACAACGGCAGCCCGUACAGGAUGUCAAAGUCGAGCCGAACGGUUUCUCCCUACCUUCUGCUUCUCGUAUCAAGACUGAGCCAGGGCUGGAAGAGGUGAACGGCCCGAGCUCUGUCAGGCCUCCCUCCUCUGGACCGACACAUCUAGAGUGGACAGAGUAUUCAUUCUGCCUCCCUGAUCGAGUCGUUCUCGUGAGGCAAGAUGAAGAGAGGGGCUAUAUCUAUCAUCGGACCCUCCUUCCUCCUGGUGUACCCUCAGAGACCUCAUCAGCUGUUGCUAGCGAAGAGACGUCCCUCUGGCUCUCCUCCUACCUCAAUCUCUCCGUCCCGCUUGAAGAGCUCUACGAGGAAUGGUCCGCCCGCGAUCCCAUCUUUGCUCGCUUUGCUCAAAAGUUUCAAGGGGUGAGAAUGCUCCGGCAAGAUCCCUGGGAGUGUCUCUGCUCCUUCAUCUGCUCCUCCAACAACAACAUCGCCAGGAUUGGCGGAAUGGUGCAGAACCUUUGUACCCAUUUCAGUCCGAAAUUGUUGGAGCAUACGUAUGGCUCGGACGUCUUGUCCAGCCCCGUCAAGAAGGAAGAAGAUGCAGAAGAGACAUCCGAGCUGCUACCUAUGACCAUUGACUACCACCCCUUCCCGUCGCCUCAUGUCCUUGCCCAAGACGGUGUCGAGGAGAAGCUCAGACAGCUAGGGUUUGGCUACCGGGCCAAGUACAUUCAUCAGACGGCCAAGAUGCUAUGCGAAGAGCAUACACGGCUAGUUCAGACUGAUGAGCAUGGAGUUGCUGCCACCAUGAGGGAGAUCAGAGAGGCCGCUGCUCCCGAGGUCCCGAAAGCGGGCACGCCUCCUAUUGCCCAAGCCUCUGAUCUGGAUUCACCCUCGACAAGUCAGCACUCUGUACACUCCUACCUUGCUUCUCUGCGGAAAAUGUCCUACACCGAGGCUCGCACGCAUCUGCUCCGCUGUCAGGGCGUUGGGCCUAAAGUGGCGGACUGCAUCCUCCUGAUGUCUCUCGAUCAGCCAUCUUCGAUCCCCGUCGAUCGUCACGUGUUUCAGUUUGCAGCUAGGCACUACCACCUCCGGAGCAAGGAGCAAAUCAAGUACGACAGAAUCGUUGAGUUCUUCCGAGCUCUGUGGGGAGAGUGGGCUGGAUGGGCGCACACCAUCCUAUUCGUCGGCGAUUUGCGAAGCUUCAAGGAAUACGACGGCGGGGUCAAGAAGGAAGAAGAGGCAGGGGAAGAUGGCCUCUGGCAAAGUACUAGCUUGGUCAGCCGCGACGAAGAUCAGACCUCGGUGACUCCACUGGUCAAAGUUGAGGAGGAAGUGUCUACCAUCAUCGAAGAAGAAGAUGCCCGGCGGCUACAAGAGUCCAAGGCGGUCAAUGGCCGAGCGGCCAAAGGUGGGCGCAAUGUGCGGGUGGACUCCUCGUUGAGGGCGCUGAAGCCCGGAAGCCCAGCGGGACGGAAGAGAAAGGCAACGGCGGCGGGGGCAGAGGGGGAGGAGACUCUGACUCUGGCGGAGCGGCGCAGCCUCCGACUAGGAGGCAUUGGCUACCCAUCCUACGAGAGUGACGAGACCGCCAGCCUCAUCGCAGCCAACGGUCGGACUCCAUCUGGAUGUCAGGAGACAAAGGAAAAGGCGCAAAAGGCGAGGCAAAGCAAAGUCAUCGUGGUGAUUGACGCGGGAUCUCCUCAAUCUCGAUCGGUCAUCGAGUCGCUCUCCACGUACAAUGAAGAGGAGAAGCAGCGUCUGCGUAACAUCUUGGCUCAGGAGCUUCUCAAUCCCGCACCACCCUUUGAGACGCCCUCGGAGGAAGGGCGCGGGACGGACUACGUCACCGGAAAGCAGACGUCACCGUCUACGACGACAGCCCUACCGAGCUCAGGGGCCACAAGCGAUACAGAAGAUCCUCACAUUGGCAAGUCGUCCACCCCAGGGCCCGGUUCCGCCCACUCUCGGCGCUACUCGGAUCAUCUGCCCCCUUCAUUGACGGCGCCAGUGGUGAAGCCGAUGAUCUCCAAUGUACCCAACGACUUCUCCACCACCACUGUACACAUCGACUCUGAUGGGGUAGUCCAUCCCGUUGGCCUAAGACCGAUCACGAUGAUGAAUCUGGAGAGCAAGACCUUCCACCGCAUUGAGGACGAAAAGGCAGCAAGGCGACUCGAAGAGAAGGAGAAGGCAAAGUCGAGCCCAAAGGUCAAGACUCUCGAGACUGGCUUGGACGCAAUUACCGAGGGCGUUGCACAUACUGGCCAUCGCACCGUCGAAGGCGAGAUCGAUAACUUCGAUGAAUCUCUGCAGGCACAAGAUGUGGCUGCCUCUGGUCGGGCGGCCCCCACAGAAGAAGUCAUCUCGUCUAGGGAAGCCCGAGCCCAGGCGCUCUACGAUGCGAUCGAACGCCUCGUCGAACAACGCUUCAUUCCUCCAUGGCAAGUUCACGCCCUCUUCGAUGUGGAUACACCCCCUGAAUUCUUACCCCUUCGAGACAAUGACGAGUGCAUGUUCGAUGACUGGAUCCAUUCCAGGGUCGGCGUCGACCUGAGCAGCACAGACGCCGUUGAGCAAGUCCUGCGGGACAUCAAGAGCAAAAGCGAUGCAGGCAUUCAUGGCCUAUUCGUGAGCUACCUUACCGACUACCAUCAUGGUCUCCCUUGCGAAGCACGAAGCGGCAGUGGGACCGAUCAAAGGAUGCAAAGUCUGUACAACGUGGCUAGAGAAGUGGGCGUCAAGCACUUCAUUGGCUCCUUUCUUGCGGAUCUAGUUCAAGAUGAGGAUCGCAACGCAGAGGCACCUCCAAAUGGUCUACCUGCAUCGCUAGUCGAUAGCUGGACUGACAGAAGAUACCUUCACAAGAGCUUUGCGGAGAGCGAUGAUGCGGCUGCGCCACCCAUCAAGUACAUAACUACCUUAUCCUCUUGCUUGACCUUCACCUCUCUCCUCUCCUCUCGUAUCAUCUCCUUCAACCGACCAGAGUCGCCACCAGCGAAGCUGUUCAUCCUCACCUCUCAUCUCCCUCUGGACUGCCUCAUGCCCUUUUCCCAUAAAAAGGACGUGGGUCCUGCAGCCCUUCUGGCCUUUCUCGCCCCAGAAGAAUACAACGGGCGAGACCUAUCUCUCAUAAGCGAUCUGAUUCGCCCACGAUUGAUAGCGGCACAGUGCGAUCAGAUGAUCUACCACUCCAAAGCGCGAGUCACCUGUUUGGAAAAAGACGAGGCGGCUUUCCUGACCGAGGACAAGGAGUGGUUCUACCAGAGGGGGUGGGAACACUGUUGGGAGCUUCUUCGCUGGUGGCUUCAGCGGGCAAAGGAUCUUGAUGAGACUAGCUUGCGGGCAAAGACGCAGUGGAGGCUGACUGCCUGGAGGCACUUUUCCGUCGAAAAUACGGACACCAUUCUCCCCAAUUGGCAGCAAUCUCUCGUGACGCACCCCAACCACCUAGACGCAAACGAGGCGCCAACACGCUUCGACCGUCCACCAGUGCAGCAGGAUCAACUCGAUGCACUCAACAUUUUCACCGAUUCCAUGGGUCACAAUUUCCAUGAUGUGCCAGUGGGAAAGGCACGUGGCUCUGCAGAGGCAGAGGGAGAGGGGGAAGAGGUGUAGGAGGGCGUCGCUGUGUAUUGGGAUGACGCUAGGUGUUGGGCGUGCAGGCCGAGCUGGCGGUCGCUGGCUGCUGGAUGUGACCUGCUUUGUGCUUCUCAUUGUAGCUUCUUUCUCUCCCAACGGUAGUCAAUAUAUCAUCAGGCUCGCCUCGGGCGGGCAUCAGUGUG